GGCGUCAAGUGCAGCUUGGACUCACGGACCUGGCCCAUUUACAUUUCAUUCCUUCUUCCAUCUGUGUCCAUCUGUGUUCAGCAUGGAGAAGCAGAACACCACUGCUGGGAAGGAGCUUCAGCACAGGACCCGAGCAGAAGUUCCAGGAAAGGAAAGCUGGCAGUCACAGGCCUACACCCUUGGGGCCAUUUCCAACUUUAUGUCUACUUUCCUGACCUUUCCUAUCUAUAAGGUUGUGUUCCGGCAGCAGAUCCAUGCUGUGGCAGUGUCAGAGGCUGUGAAACAGCUUUGGCAUGAAGGCCCUCAGUACUUCUACCGGGGCAUCUACCCUCCUCUUCUCUCCAAGACUCUCCAAGGGACUCUGUUGUUUGGCACUUAUGAUAGUUUGCUGUGCUUUCUUUCCCCGGUUGGGCCACACUCCCUCGGACAGCGCUGGACUGCAGGGCUCAUGUCAGGUGUAGUAGAAGCUGUAGCACUCAGCCCCUUUGAAAGAGUACAGAAUGUGCUUCAGGAUGCUCGAAAGCAAGCUUGCUUCCCUAGCACCUUCAGCAUUCUCAAGGAAUUCAAUUCUUACGGGCUUUGGGGGAGGCUGUCACUGGGCUAUUAUCGGGGUUUCUGGCCAAUCCUUGUCAGAAACAGCCUGGGAAGUGCUCUCUAUUUCUCCUUCAAAGAUCCUAUCCAGGAUGGCUUGGCAAGGCAAGGCCUGCCCCAUUGGGUUCCUGCUUUGGUAUCUGGUAGUGUCAAUGGAACAAUCACCUGCCUGAUUCUGUAUCCUUUGAUGGUGCUAGUUGCCAAUAUGCAGUCUCAUAUUGGCUGGCAGAGAAUGCCAAGCCUGUGGGCCUCUGCCCAAGAUGUAUGGGACACUCGAGGUAGAAAAAUCCUUCUGAUUUACAGAGGAGGAUCCCUGAUCGUCCUCAGGUCCAGUGUGACAUGGGGCCUCACUACUGCUAUCCAUGACUUCUUGCAGAAAAAGGCUCACACCAAGAAAGAGAUGAAAGACUGACUAAAGGAAGUGCGGUUAUGGUCUCCUUCUUCUAAAUCUUUCC